ACACACACACACCUGUGUUUAAAUGAUCUGCAGUCCGGUGCAGCUCUACAGACUGUGUCAGCGUCCAUCCAACAGGGAGACUUCUGGAACCUUCUGGAACCUUCUGCCCUCUCAGACCGUGACCUUCGCACUAGAGCCGCAGGACCAUACACACACUCUCAAACACACACACACCUGUGUGGAAGAUGGAGGAGUUGGAUCUUCCUCAGAUGCAGAGAGAAGUGGAAAGUCUGAAACUGCAACUUCAGACCAACAGAGAAAAAUCCUCUGUGACUGUUGCAGACUUGGUGAAAUGGAUUGAGGAGGGUGUGGCCAACGAUCCCUUCCUGAAUGCUGAUUUGCUGAGGACCAAUCCGUGGGUGGAGGGGGGAAAGUGUGUGUUGCUCUAACACACCCAGCAUGAGAACACAAUCAUUCAAUAAAUCAAUAAAUUAUUCAAUAAAUCAA